AUGAGGCUCUUUGUGGCCGCCGUCGUCGCUGUGCUAUCGGUCACGGUCGCGACCCGACAAAUUGGAUCGGUUCCCGGUUGUCCGGAUCUCGAUGUCUUAGAGGCUGAAGUCGACACCAGUGCUGAUUUUUUGAAUAACUUGUUGCUAUGUUUUUGCAAGGUUCAUGAUAAAGACAAGGUCUACAUUUCAUGUCUAUAUGGCUCUAGUCCAGAACAUCUUGACAAAGCUACGGAAGCGGUGAAAAAGGCAAACUUCACCACCACAAAGGUAGUGUCCUUUCACAUUCCCAAAGCGUUCCUGACUUUCACUAUUCAGAUCAGUUUCCAACAUAUCGAGUUUGCUGAUUCUGGUCUACCGUCUUUUGGUAAAUUAGCCCCUGCACUGGAAAGCCUCGAAAUCCGCGAAUGUACGAAUGUUGAACCAUUGAUUGUGCCGGAAGAAGCAUUUAAAGGGUUGGAAUCCACGCUGAAGAAUCUCACGAUCGAUUCUUGUAGCCUAAAAGAAAUCCCCGCCGCUAUCAAUGAUCUGAAACUACUUGAAACACUUGUUUUGGCAAAUAAUAAAAUUGAGCACGUUCAUGCGCCACGGCUCAGUAACAAGAAAGAGGUUAGUGCAUCUAACAAGUACUACUAA